AAAAAAAUCGGACACGGGUUUCUGAAGUGAAAAUAAUAAUGUAUUCCUCAAGUUAUUUCCGUUCCGUGGUCGUACAGCUGUUUGGUUGCCGUUUGCUGUCUUCCGGCUCCGGAGGAGUAGCGUCCUGCAGCAGAAAGGUGCGACCGAUAAGCAAGAUGUGCGGAUGGCAAAUACAUUCGUACGGCAGUCUGGACGAGGUUGAGUACAGCGAAAAUGUAAAAAUGCCCGUUUUGACGUCCCCGAACCAACUUCUAGUCAAAGUUACGGCCGCAUCCGUCAAUCCCAUCGACGUUGCUAUGAUAAAGGGUUACGGAUCGUCCGUUAUAAAUGCUAUGCGCUGCAAGAGUGGCAUCGAGUUUCCCUUAACGCUUGGGCGCGACUUUUGUGGAGAAAUCGUACAGAAAGGUUUGGGCGUAUCUAGUCGAGAUUUGGAGGUUGGUGAUGAAGUGUGGGGUGUGGUUCCUUUGCAUCAACAGGGAUGCCAUGCCGACUACGUCGUGGUUGAUCGGUACUGUCUUUCCAAAAAACCUUCCUGCCUUAACAAAAUUGACGCCAGUGCCAUAUUAUAUGCCGGUCUUACUGCAUGGUCUGGGUUGUACAUCACUGGACACUUAGGUGGUCUCCUUGGUGCCAUUUCGCCGGUGGGAGGUGGUCUUGGAAAAAAAAUAUUAGUGCUAGGUGCUUCAGGUGGUGUUGGCACAAUAGCUGUUCAAAUGUUAGUGGCCGAAGGGGCUGAAGUAUUCGCUACCUGUUCCUCCGAUGCCAUAGAAAUGGUUCAAAACCUAGGUGCUAACUACACAUUCGAUUAUAAUGAACCAGAUCAUGUCCAAGUCUUGGCAAGUGCUGGAAGAUUCGAUGUUGUGCUGGACUGUGCUAAUAAAGGUACCGAAUAUGCUUCGAUUGUUCCCUGGAAUUUUGACCAAUACAUCACAUUCAACUCACCCGUACUUAAAAAUAUUGAUGAUAAUGGUUUUGCAACAGGAAUGUAUCAAAAUGCACUCAGUAUUAUACGUAACAAUGUUGCUUCCGUAAGCGCCCAGAAAGGACUGGUAAAGUGGGGUUACUUUGUACCUGCUCCGCAAGCCAUUGCCUAUUUCCAGAAGCUAGUCGAAAAAGGCAAACUGCUGCCCAUCAUUGAAAAAGUAUAUUCAUUCGAGCAAGCAAUCGAUGCUUACGCGCGUGUCGAAGCCAAACAUCUGCGAGGCAAAAUUGUGAUAGAUUACAGCUGAAUCAAAAGCGGAGUAACAUUAUGUCGAAGCGAAUUUGUGCCUGAUCUGUUUUGAAUAUAUACAUACAUUACAUGUUCUUUCUAGUGAUAGAUCACGUGUAAAAACAAGUGUAUCACUGUACAUAUGAUGCAACAGAGCAACUUCAGCUUUCUUUUAUAAAUAUAACCCACAGUUAAUUUAUGCAAAUUGUACCGUUCGAAUAAAUCCAAGAAAGAAACUGUGACUGAUUUAGGUUAAAUAGCCGAAAAAGAUAUUUUUGAGCGCGUUAGGUUGUAAGAGUAAAAUUUUUCCUCUGUUUAAUAGUAAAAUAAACCUUCCUACGUCUUUUUUACUAAACAUACACGGUGACCUGAUCGUUCCUGACGUCAGUACCAUCUCUGAUCAGAGUGCAUUAUCAGCUGAUUAAAAUUUUCUCCUGCAUUGCUAUAUAGACAACUAAAAGUCACUUUGAACUAAAUAUAAAAUAUUCCCUUCGUUAUCACUUUCUAUACAAUCUAUUGCUCUCAAAGCUCAACCAGAGGUUAACAGAGAAACCAAUCUUUGAACAUUGUCGAUCAAAACAGUUCACAACGAGCGAACAUAUUAUAUAACAUUUGAUGGAAAAGCUAGUCGUGCUGUCAGAGUUUCAUUUUAGUUGGAAGUGAAAAAAAAUUGAACAAACCAGAUCAAAACGGAAAAUUCACAUUACACCUUUCGUUUAUGUUUACCCAAUAACAAACAAUAAUUGAUUCAGUUUACCAUUGUCCUGCAAUUCUUAUUAUUUUCAAUGUUUUAAAGCCGGAAAGUCGUUGUAAAUAUUAGAAUGUACAUUUGAAGCAAUAUCUUUUAUAAUAAACUAGAAUGAGUAUCAGUUAAAUUUAUGUACAUGAUAUGAUAUAAAGCUUACUUACUUUAAAAUGUGCAAAACAAACCUGUAUCUUCAAAAAUAACGCCCCAAUUAGUUUAUGCAGUGAUUUUAGAAGUAUUAGCUAGUUAGUUAUAUGAAAAUAAUACGAAUAACUUUUCUUUGUCAUGCUACUCGAUAAAAUAGAACAGGCUUUUUUGGUUUCUUACGGUCCGCCUUUAA